UUUUUUUAAAAACUAUUUUCAUGUUGCCCAGAGUUUUCACGGCAAUCUUUUUCGCUAGUAAAAAGGCACAAAACAAUUUCUGCUGCAACUUGAUCGGCUCCCUUUAUAAGACGCUGAACCAAUGAGUCGCAGGAAGACUCUCUCUCUCCCUCUCUCUCUCUUCGCGAUCAAUUUUUCUGCAAUUCAGUUCAAGAAUCAAAAGCAAAACUUCAUUCCCAAUGUUCUGUAAGUUGUUCUCAAUCUAUCCAUUAAUGUAUAUUUUCCUAUUUUCUUUUCAUUGACAUUCAAUUCAAUCUGUAAGUCUCUCUUCCCAUUCUCUACCUCUCACACUUGGACGGUUUGGAUCGUUCUCUGUAAUGGGUUGUACUGUGAGAGAAAAGCAUAUCAGAACCAAUAGAAGGCGACCCCGAUCCACGAAACCGGAUCUCGAUCACACUAAUCCUUUGGGCCCAGCAUCGAUCUCUAAAUCAAUACUCGAAUCGGGUAUCAAACCAUUGCAUUACCAUCUGGCUAUGAACAAUCCCUCACAAAGCCCUAGCCAUAAUCCUAGUUUUGAUGAUAGUGGUUGGGGUUACUGUACUGAAGAACAAUUAGAGGAAAUACUAUUAAAGAACUUAGAGUUCUUAUACAGUGAAGCUAUCUCGAAGCUUGUGGCUUUGGGCUAUGAUGAAGGUGUUGCUCUGAAAGCAGUACUUCGGAACGGCCAUUGUUAUGGGGGCAUGGAUGUAUUAUCAAACAUAUUGCAUAACACCUUAGCUUAUUUGAAUGGUAGCUGUGGGGGUAGUAAUGUGAACUUGGAGGAAUCUGAGCCUCUGCUUACAGAUUUGAGGCAGCUGGAGGAGUACUCGCUAGCAGGUAUGGUGUGUUUGUUACAACGGUUGCGCCCGCAUUUGAGUAAAGGCGAUGCCAUGUGGUGUCUCCUCAUGUGUGAUCUUCAUGUAGGUCGUGCUAGCGCUAUGGAAAUUCCAGUUCUUCAUUCGCAGGCAAGCAAUGGGUGUGGUUCAGCACCUGGUAAUGUUGAGAGCGUUAACAAUAAUUUGGAGGGUGUCACUCCGGCUCUUUGUAAGUUUCAUGGUGGUUGGGGAUUUGGAAAUGAUGGUUCUGAAUUUCUGGUUAAUGGGUUCUAUUCAGAUGGACCGAGUAUGACUUUGCAGAGAGAUAUUGAAUGCCCGAAGAGGUUUAACCUUACACCUUCAAUGAAGUCUUUGUUGAAGCGGAAUGUUGCAAUUUUUGCUGCAGGGUUCCGAGCAAACUCAAAACAGAUGCUGAUGCAAUCACAGGCCUGCCCCAGCUCUUUGUCGAGUGGGGAUUCCUCAAUGGGGUUUGUGUCAGGGGCUACAGUGCCAGUUGAGCAGUGUGAGGAGUCUAGGAAUGCAAAGAACCAAGAUAUGGUUAGCUCGGUGUUGAGUAAAUUUCAUGAUUUGAAUAUCGAUGAUAAUCUGGAGCGUGUGGCAGAAGAUCAGAAGGAUGAGAUGCUUCUAAAUUUGAUCCAUCAAAUUAAGGAACUUGAAAAGCAGGUAAAGGAGCGGAAAGAGUGGGCCCAUCAGAAGGCAAUGCAAGCUGCUAGGAAGCUUAGUAAUGACCUAAUGGAGCUUAAGAUGCUGAGAAUGGAGAGAGAGGAGACACAACAGCUAAAGAAAGGGAAGCAAACUCUUGAGGACUCAACAAUGAAGAGGCUUUCAGAUAUGGAAAACGCUCUAAGGAAGGCAAGCAGUCAAGUAGACCGUGCAAAUGCAGCUGUGAGAAGACUUGAGAAUGAGAAUGCAGAAAUUAAAGCAGAGAUGGAGGCUUCCAAGUUAAGUGCGUCCGAAUCAGUUACAACCUGUUUGGAAGUUGCCAAGAGGGAGAAAAAAUGUCUGAAGAGGCUUUUGGCUUGGGAGAAACAGAAAACAAAGCUGCAGGAGGAGAUUUCAGAGGAGAAGCGGAAGAUUUCUGAAUUGCAACAGCAGUUGGUCCAGAUUGAGCAGGCUCAGAAACAAGCUGAGGUAAAGUUCAGGCAGGAGCUGAAAGCUAAAGAGCUAGCCCUAGCACAAGUGGAGGAAGAACAACAGUCCAAGGAAGCUGCUGAGGCUAGUAACAAAAGAAAGCACGAGGCUCUGCGCCUAAAGAUUGAGAUAGACUUCCAACGCCACAAGGAUGAUCUCCAGAGACUUGAGCAGGAACUUUCCCAUCUCAAAGCAUCUGCUAAAUCCACCCAACGUUGUGGUCCUCAUCAUUCAUCCAAUACUGUAACAUCUGGAAACUCUGAUGAAGCGACACUCCAGGCAGAAACAAUUGCGAAGCUGCUUCACGAAUUAGAUAAACUGGAGGAUUCGUCGGACAAAGAAGUAUACUCUGAUAGGGAAUGCUUGAUCUGUAUGAAGGAUGAAGUUUCUGUUGUGUUCUUGCCGUGUGCCCACCAAGUUGUGUGCGCCAAUUGUAGCGAGAAGUAUGGGAAGAAGGGAGCGGCUGCUACUUGUCCAUGCUGCCAGGUUCCAAUUGAACAGAGAAUUCGUGUUUUUGGUGCAAGUUCAUAAGAGUGCUUUUUGGGUGAGAAACACCAUGGUUACGUCAUUAGAGACAUGUUUUUGGCAUAGUAUACCAAUAACUGGCUUUGGUAGUCCAUUGCGGUGGAUAUACCUAUAACUAGUUGUGUGUAAAUAAAAGGGCUGCACACUGAGUAUACCAAUAACUGGCUUUGGUAGUCCAUUGCGGUGGAUAUACCUAUAACUAGUUGUGUGUAAAUAAAAGGGCUGCACACUGGUUUUGUUUGUUGCCAUUUAGCUUUGCAAAAGCAGGAAUAGAGUUGAUUGUUGUGUGGCUUUUAGAGUGAUGAUUUGAAGUGUAAUAGCAAUUUGCAAGUUGGCAGACUGGUUGAGAUCAUGACCAAAAAUAUGCAAAAUUUUCCUUCAUGUUCAUAAUUCAUAUUAAUAUAUUUUUGCAUUUAUUUUU